AUUUUUUUAAUUACCAAUUUUAGUAAGACCUAAUGGUAAUUCACUUAUUACUCAACAAGUUGAAGAAUUGUUUUGAAAAACUUUCUGAGAGUUAAAAAUGAGACUUCACCAAGUUCUUACUGGUGCAGCAAAUGUGAUAGAAGAUUCUGUAGCUAUUUCUCACGGAAAUGUUAAUGGCUACCCUUUUACAGUUUAUGGUUCAGGUUAUGAAGUUGUUAUCCUUGAUUGUCAUUUCAAUCGUGUGCAAAUCAUGUCAAGCCACAAAGUUUUGAUAUUUUCAAUUGUUAAAGGCAUCUCUUGUGCAAAAGCAGAUGGAAAGAUAGCUGUUUCUUUUGGAAAAAAAGUUGUACUAUAUCAAGCAGAAAAAGUUCAGGCCACAACAGAAAUGAAAUUGCCAUACUUAUGGAAAAUUGUGACUAUAAUACCUUUUGAUAGCGAAGUUGAGAAACUAUGUUGGGAUGUUGAAGGUGAAAGAUUGCUUAUUGGUAGUGAUAAUUUGCAUAUGUGGAAAUUAAACACAGAUAUAUCUGAUGAUGAUGAUGUUAAUAAAUGGACUUGUGUUUGGCAUCGCAGAUUUGCUACUCCACCGAAACAUUUACUUUUUUCACCUGACGGCCAUUAUUUUGCAAGUGCAGGCCAGGGUGAUCGAAUGGUAAAGAUUUGGUUUCAUGCUCCAAAAGUAUGUCAAACCACUACUACUGCUCGUCCAUUUCAUCGUUCCUAUUCAGGACAUUCUUGUGCAAGUGAAGACAAUUACAACUUUGUAUAUAUUUUUCAUCCGUCUGAGGUUGUUAGUUUUUCUUGGAGGAAUACAAGCAAACAUAUGCCAACGUGUUCUGUUCCUAAUGUUUUGUUAACAUCGUGUGCAGAUAAUAUUUGUCGCAUUUGGUCAGAAACUGUGAAAUACAAGCCUUCAAAUCACACAACACCUCACCAGCCAUCAGAAUAUAGUUCUCCAACUAAAUCAAGUUCAUCAACUAAAAAAAAAAAAGAUUCUAUAGAGAAAUUAUUGCAGUCUGAUAUCCAGUCAGAUAUGGACAAUACAUAUUUUUCCAAAGAUCAUCAAAAUUAUCAUUUAAUAAGUUUGUUUCAUUUUCACCUUGCAGCAGUUAUUAAUCCAACCUCUGACAUUGCUCUUUUGUCAACUAUUCCAACAACUUCAAUAUUUGGUCGUUGUUUUCAAUUGCAUUGGUUAAAUAACAAAGAAAUUCAGUUCACCACAGCUAUUGAAGCAAUGCAUGAAAACUUUAAAAAGUCUGCAGAGGCAAAUUACACUGAUGAAACUGAUGAUCCUUUUUCUAUAAUUGGUGGUGUUGAUACUGAAAUCGGGGAUCCAGAAUUAUAUGAUAAAGUCAAAACUUUAGACAGAAACCUGGAAGAUGACUACAGUGAAGAUGAAGAGGAUGAUGCAAUGCUUGAAACGCAAGCCUUAAAUGCACCUCAGAAAACAGAUUUUAUUCCUUCUGACAUUGAUUUCCCUGGUUUUGAUGCUAGCUCAUAUAAAGGACAGUUAGAUAACUUACUCCACAAAUGGAUGACAUCAACUGAUACACUUUUUUGUAUUCAUCCUUUUGAUGGCUCAUUAUUAAUUUGGAUUGUUGACUAUUUAGAUAAUUUUAAAGUUUCUUGUUACCGACAAGUACAGGUUAGCUUUGCAUCAAGAAUACCUUCUACAUUUACAAAAGCUGAUGCUAGCUCACUUUGUUGGAUGCGUUCAUAUCAUUAUACACAACCAGUUCAAAAGGAAUUAUCAUCAGGAGGAUUUCUUUUUACAUUUAAUCCAGGUUAUAAGGCAACUGGAAGAUUAUCUAAAGGUUCCGCAAAUGAGCAGUUGUCUUUGCUUCAAGUUUCUUAUUUGAUCUCAGCACAUGCCGAUGGGAGUUUAAAUUUAUGGCUAGUUACAUUCUCAGACACAGGUUCAUUUACUGGUAUAACCAGUAUAACUCAUGUUACAAGAAGUUGUGGGCCUCGAUUUGAAACUACAAAACUAAUCAGCCACCCUGUGUUGCCGUUGGUUUUAGGAACAUCUAAGAGGACAAAUGACAUUUGCUAUCACCGCCACGAAAUUGAAACUACAAACAUUGCAGAUAUUGAGUCUGAAUUAAUUUUAUGGCACACUAAACACGUUAGUCCAUUAUCCACAUUUAAAGGAGUUACAGAAAUGGCACGUAUUUCCUCUCCAAAUCCACUGGCUUUUUCUUCAAUAGCUUGGGUGCCAGCUUUAUAUCAGCAUUCCCUUCUUUCAAUUACAAGUAAUGAGAUUGAACUUCUUCCUGAUGGACCAUGUACUUGUUUUGUUGUUGCUUCCAACUCUGGAAUUGAGUUGUACCAGGUUUUGCUUGAUGCAAAAAAUCUAUUGUCUAAUCUUGCAUAUCAAAAUAGUCUUCCUGAUGUGCCUAUGAUGGCUAAAAAUUUAUCUUCAUUUAUUAUAAGUGAGCAAUCAGGUUCACAUUCUGCUUGCAUUAUGAAGUUAUGUACCUUAGAAAGUUCACAAGAUCUUCAAAGGACAAAGUUUUUGCAUGUAUAUAGCAAGCAUUCCAUGCUUCCUAAGACAGUUUUAAGUGCAUCUAAGUCUGAUGUAAAACUUGAUAGUUUUUUUAUUGCAUCCGUCAGUACCACUUCAGAUAAUAGAGAUAUUAUAAAUGUAUGGUGUAUAGAUAUAGAAUUACUUGGAAAAUACAAUACAAAAACAUCAGUUACUCCACAAAGUCCUGAUUCAAUUUUAAGCAAUGACUCUUUUUCCUCUAUGCCAGUUAUUUCAUCCAGUCAUUGUCUUAAACAAUCUCAUAUUUAUAACGAUUUUUUGCAUGAAUCUUAUAAAAAGAUUUGCGCUGCUUCAGAUUUACACUGUUCAAAUAGUUUGAAUCCCUCUUGCCCGCUAAAUUUUAACUUUGUUACUUAUUCUGAUGAGUCAAUUAAAUUUUGGAAUUUUGUGUUGUCUGAAGAUGAAAAAGAUAAAAAUGUUUGCACAUUAGAAGAAUUAAAUGACUCUUUAAAAGAGCAAGGAGUAAUUGUUUGUCUGAACUGUGCUAGCACCGAACUGUUUGCUUUUGUAGUUGAACUCUUUGAUAGCAACUUAAAUAAAAUGUAUAAUAUUUGCAUAUAUGAAAAUCAAUCAACAGGUGGUUUAUAUUGGGUGAAAAAACAAACAAUUCCAAUUAUCAAUGUUUUAGUGCUUGAAGAAAAUAUGAUUGAGUUAUCUUGGCUUCAUUUAGAAAAUGGUUCUUAUUUAUUAGCUUUAGCCUUUAAUAAUUCUAUUUUUAUUUAUAACAAAGACAGAAAAGAAUUUGAAAAUGAUUUACAGAGUUCUAUUUGGGUUGUUCUAAAGGAUUUCAGUCUCUUUGAUGACAAAUCACCCUUACGGUUGACUACGAUAUCAUGGAGUCGUGGCGGUUUUUUUAUGGUAGGAGUUGAAAAUGAAAUACAGGUUUAUUCUCAAUGGGAAGAUACAGAAGAAGUCACAUUAAAUAAUAAAACUAUUUCUUUGUUUGAUGGGGGGAGAGUAAAUGAACAUGGUUUCAUAAUAACAAAAAAUUCAUUUACUGAAGCAUGCAAAAGUAUGUGUACUCUUCCUCAAUAUCAUCCUUACCAUUUGAUUGAGCUAUUGAAUCUUGGAAAGUUAAGAAGAGUUCGUUUAAUUUUGAGACACCUGCUACAUUGUGUUUCUGGCACUCAAUUAACAUCGGAUUCGAAUUUAGAAGCAGAUGAUCAAAAAGACCAUGAAGUAAAAUUACAACCCAGAACAAGAACCUUCAGUGAAAUUUCAACCUUCUCUUCAAAUGGUGAUAAUUCAAUUCUCAAAACAAAUUCAAAUGUUACUAUUUCUGUUAUACCACCUUUAAUGCUUUCAACAUUAACAUCUGUUGAUCGAAAUAAAAAUAUUGAAACAAUUGAUGGUCAAAAUGCAGCUGUUCAAGGUGUCUAUUCAAUUUUGUUCAACCAAAAAGUAGAUGACGAUGAUGAAGACAGGUUAGAUUCUCCAAAAAGUUCAACGCAUUAUGGUGUGUCUCAGGCAAAACAACUUAAUGAGUACCUAGAAAAAUCACAGCUACCUGGUAUAACAAGUCAAGAGCAAAUGUAUCUUCUUUUACUUUCUGAAACUGUGGCUUCUACUGAUUAUGACUUAGAAGUUGGUGUUAAUGAAAAAAAUCAAAAAACAAAAGAUAGUGAUUUGGAUGUUCUGCAUGGUGUUGGAGGAGGUGGUUAUGCAGCAAGUGUAGCUGCUAGUGGAAGCAGCUUAGAUGAUUGUGGUUUACGCUAUAUGCUUGCAGCUCGACAUUAUACCGCUUUGCUUAAGUGUGGACGACAUAAAAAUAAUCUACAAUUGGGAAUGCGUACCUCAGAUAUUUGCUGGGCUUUUCACUCUGAUUGUAAAGAAGACUUACUCACUGUUAUACCGAGUAUGUUAAAGAAUUCAACAACCUGGAAAGAUCUGCGCGACCAUGGUGCUGGCUGGUGGAUCAGGAGCAAUGAUAUGUUAAGAAGAACAGUUGAAAAGGUUGCAAAGGUUCAAUUUCAAAUAAAUCAAGAUCCCAUGGAUUGUGCAUUGUUUUAUCUUGCAAUGAAGAAAAAGUCUUUAUUGUGCACUUUGUAUAGAUCAUUAAGAGAUAACAAAAUGUCACUUUUUUUUGCCAAUGACUUCACACAAGAUAGAUGGAGAAAAGCAGCAUUAAAAAAUGCAUUUGUACUAUUGGGUAAGCAGAGGUUUGAACAUGCUGCAGCUUUUUUCCUAUUAGGAAAUGCAUUAUGGGAUGCAAUUCAAGUUUGUCUUAUUCGUCUGAAGGACAUUCAAUUGGCAUUAGUAAUUUCUCGUUUAUAUGAAAAUAACAAUGACGUGCAUAACGAAAUCUUACAGAGAUAUGUUAUACAAGGUGAACUGGAUCCGCCUAUUACAGAUCCAUUUAUCAUUAGUAUGUCACAUUGGAUUCUUAAUGACUACAGAAAAUCUCUUGAAGUUUUGCUCUUAUCGACUGCUAAUGAGCAGGAGCUGGUUAAUUAUCCUGCCAUUUUUAAUUUUUAUUUUUUUUUACAAUCACACCCUAUGUUGACAAAACUCUAUAAAACUAAAAUGAACUUUUCUGAAUCUCUGUAUAAUAUCAAUUUAGAAGAACUGAAAGUUUGUGAACGUAAACUUUUUUUUAAAACUGCUUUGUUUCAUUUGGAGUCUGGUUUGCCUGAUAUAGCAAUAGAAGUUUUAUCAAUGCAAGAUUUAGUUUCUACAAUUAAUGUCAAUGAAAAUGAUAAUACUGAUUUCAGUUAUAAAACAGGAUCUGACAUUAUCUCAACAUCUCAAGCAAAUAACAGCAUAGAUUGGAGUAAGCCUGUGGUAAAGCAGGAGAUGGAUACCACAGAUUGGAGUAAACCAGUUACUGUUAUUGAUGAUGAAGAAUAUAAAGGACUUUCUCUUGAUGACAGUAGUUCUGACACUGUGUCCAACAAAAGUGAAGAUAAUUCAAAAACUCUAGCUGUUGUAAAUAAUGACAAUAAUAAGUCAAUAAAUCAAAAACAGAAGUUAAAUAAUAAAACUGAUAUUUUAGCUUUGAACUUGAAAUUUAUUUGUGUAAUGCAAUGUUUGAUUGAAAGCUUAAAAGCUCUAUCGUCAAAAUGCAUGCUGGAGAAUGUUAAACUUCGAUCAGCUUUGAGUGAACUUCUCAAUCAUGAACUUGCUUUUUUGCAUUUAAACUGUGAUUAUAAUUUUGAUGGAUUGGAGAUUGAAUACAGUACAGAACAAGACAAUCGAUUUCUCGUUAAAAAACGAGCGUCUACUUUAUAUGACCUUGGUUCGUUAAUUAAACUUAAUAAUGAUUCUUCACUUGGUGAAAAAGUUGAAGCAAUUACUCUUCAUUCAGAAUGGCUACGUAGCAAUCAUAGUGUGCUUAGCAGUUUAUAUGAAUAUUGUCUUAUGGUUGGCACAGGGCAUGCUGAAUUAACUGCUGUGUGUUUGGAAUUGCUGUUAUUAUUGCAUGAAGUUGAAGACCACCGCGUUUUAUCUGCCCCUCUUUCUUCAAGUAUUUCAGCAGGACCCAAUGCUCCUCCACUUUUAUUAGCUUCAAUGACAUCAUUUUCAUUGGUAAUUAGUCCUACAAUGUUUUUAAAAUCUAUGGCACAUGACCUGCUGCAUACUGUCAUUAAUCUUCCUGGUCUACCAAACCCACAAAACCCUGUCACGAGGCUUUCAGAUAUGGAGAGUCUGUUGUUUUCUUUAUCAUCAUGCGUUUACCACAGUUUAUGUGGUGGAGAUGAAGACAAACUUUUAGCAUCUUUAAAAAAAGGAGAAACUGAACUUGUUGGAAUGCAAAGUUCUGACGGCAAGCUGAUUCGUAUGUCACCAGGAAAUUUAUUUGUUGAUUUGGAUCCAACUUCUGCUCCUUCACAAUGGCCUGGUGUUAAAUUUUUAAUAACUCUGCUUACAUCAAGCAGCCGGGAUCGUUCUCAGCAAAUUCGCUUAUUGUUAUGUGAAAUAAGUGUUGCUAUUUAUUUAAGUAUGCUUGUCAGUGCAUCAUCACGACUUUCUUGUCAAAAUCUAUAUCGUCUGGUAACAAAUAGUUUAUCUGAGAAAAUGUGGAAUGCAGCAUUUGGAGGUGGUACUAAAGUUGUGGUGCAUGCCCCAGAUGAAACUGAUAAACCAUUUUAUGCUCAAUCGCCAAAUUUUGAUUUAAAAAGAGAUACUACUAGGAUGAGAUGGAAUUACAAGUUGCUAGGUAAUAAGAGUUUAUCUACAGCUAACAUUGGUGAAGAAGAAAGAGGGCUAGUUCGACAUGAACUUUUUAUUUUACCAAAAUCAACUCUAUGCGACUAUUUUCUGAGAAAGCCACAAAGAACUUCCUUUAAUUAUGACUCUGAAGAGGAUGAAUUUUCUGAUGAUGAAGAUAAAACAAAGGAUCAUGAGGAAGAUGAUCCUUUAAAAAGUGAAUCUGAAAUCAAGAUAAAGAGAGAUUUGAAAGAACUAGAAAACAAAAAGCUAAAUGAACAUUGUGACAGUAUGUCAUAUGCAUGGCUUAUUAUGCAGCUUGGAAUUGUUAAACUUACAUCUUUGAAUAUAAAUAACUUUAUCUCCAUGUUAGGAUUCGAAAUUUUAGAUCUACCAACACAGUCACUUCUUCUUUAUAAUGCAACAAAGAUUUUGAUUCGCUGGGAACAACUGUUAACUGUUCAAAUUAAUGCUUCUCCAGCUUUAACUGAAAAUGUAAUAAGUUACCAUCCACCUGUUUCUGGAGAUGGUUUUCAAAGAGGCGGUGUAGCACUAAAUAGACUAAAAACACUAUUAGACCCACAAAAUACCCCUUUUAGUAACAAAACAACUAAAUCACAACCUGCAAAAAGAUUGUGGCAUAGUCUAGUUUCUCAUGAAUCUCUGAGAGCAAUGUUUCUUCAUUAUGCUUUUAGUUCUGUUUCUGAAGGAGAUGAUGAAAUCGACUAUGAUUCUUAUUCCUGUCGUGUUUUGCACAAAGAUCCUGAGCCUGUUACAAAUUUAUGUCUAAAUAAAUCCAACUUGGACUACAUGGCAAUUUCCACAACUCAAGAAAUCAUUGAAUACGAUAUUUCUGGUGCAUUUAAAGUUGAUUUGUUUUCUUUUGAUGUGGAAGGAAAUAGUAAUUCUAAUGAAAAUAGCGCAUUUGCUGAGGAUAGACCAAUGAAGAAACCAUUUACUCCAAAUAUUAUUCAAAGAAGAACGUGUUCAGGAAUUCGGCGCAUGGCUUCACAUCCAACUUUACCAUAUUAUGUUACUGGAGGUGCUGAUGGGAGUGUUCGCAUGUGGGAAUUUGUUCAUCCUGAUCAAAUUCAUUUGUUUCGUGGACCAGGACAAAAUGAAAGAGUCAAUAAAGUUCAGUUUUAUGGCCUUGGUAAUAAGUUUGCUGUCGUUGAUGAUAGCGGAUAUCUUUCAAUGUGGAUGAUUACAAACACUCAAAAUUCAACACCUUUUCUUACUCUACGUUGUCACACAAAAUUUUGUUAUGAUUUUGCAUAUUUGGGUUCAAGCAGUUUAAUAGCUACUGUAGGCUUUACUAAUGAUAAAAAAAAUAUUUGUAUAUGGGACACACUGCUACCUGAAAAGAAUGCUUUAAUUCAUCGAUUUGCCCACAACAUACACGGCGCUCAAUCGCUUGCGUAUGUAUCAAGUCAGCAAACUAUUAUUUCUGGAGGAAAACGAGGCGACGUAUCAAUUUUUGAUAUUAAACAGCGCCAACUGUUGCAUACGUUUCAAGCUCAUGAUUGUCUUGUCAAAACCAUUGCCAUAGAUCCGGUGGAACAGUUUUUUGUUACUGGUACUAUUGAUGGCGAUUUAAAGGUUUGGGAUCUUACAACUUUAAAAAUGGUUGAAAGUUUUUCAAGAGAACAUUCCCGUGGCACUGUUUCUCUACGUCAUGUAAGUCCUGGUGUACAAUGUAUAAAAAUAUUGGAAGGAAACCAGAUGUUUUCGUGCGGUGGCGAUGGUUCGGUGAAAUGGAGAGUGUUAAAGUUAAAUAAUAUAUUGACGGGUGUUAAGUAAUGUCGCAGUUUAUACAAUAACCUUGUAAGUAAAGAUAAAUAUGUAAAAUAAUCGAAUUGCUGUUGCAAAGCGUAUAAUUUUGUGGCUGCAAUGUUUAGAAUAACAAAAAUUUGCAUAAUGUAGAUAAUGUUUUCUUAUAAAAAGAAUAUAAAGUAUUUUUUUACCGUA